GCUCUCUCCACUAUAUCGCACCACUGCGGUAGGAGCGGAGAAGGCAGCAGCAGCGAAAACACAGAGAGAGAGCGAGAGAGAGAGAGAGAGAGAGCGAGAGAACAAGAAAAAGAGAGGGAGAGAGAGGGACCCGAUAGGCACAGUUCACUUGUUCCUGCGCGACUAAAAUCCAGGUGGCGAGUGUGUCUCUCUCGACUUUUAUCACAGAGGAGGACUUUACCAGAGAGGACAUAUAACAACAGCUCCCGGGGGCCACCCUGCAGCUCAGCGAGAGCGAAGGAGGGAGAACUUUUGGCUAUUUUUUUUUCUUCUUUUACCACAUCUCCGUGUAACCUUGGAAGUCAGACCUGUUCGGUGCGAGAGAGAGAGGAUGGGACCGCUACUACUCCUUUCCAUCGCCCUGUGUCUGAGCGCCGCUGUCCCGCAGCAUGUGAAAGCAGCAGAUGGUGAGGAACCAACUUCAGCAGGCCCUUGCCAUCCAAACCCCUGCCACAACAGAGGAACAUGUGAGAUCAGUGAGACCUACAGGGGAGACACCUUCAUUGGUUAUGUCUGCAAGUGUCCACCAGGCUUCAGUGGAGUUCACUGCCAGCACAAUAUUAACGAAUGCGAAAGGGACCCAUGCAAGAACGGGGGCAUUUGCACAGAUCAGGUUGCCAACUAUUCCUGCGAAUGCCCGGGGGAGUACAUGGGGAGGAACUGUCAAUACAAAUGCUCUGGACCACUGGGCAUGGAGGGCGGUAUAAUUUCCAACCAACAGAUAACAGCCUCUUCCACACACCGCGCCCUCUUCGGCUUGCAGAAGUGGUACCCGUACUUUGCACGCCUGAACAAAAAGGGCCUGGUCAAUGCUUGGACUGCUGCCGAAAAUGACAGAUGGCCGUGGAUCCAGAUAAACCUGCAGAGGAGAAUGAGGGUCACAGGCCUAAUUACCCAGGGUGCAAAGCGCAUCGGCAGCCCAGAGUACGUCAAGUCUUACAAAGUAGCCUACAGUGAUGACGGGAAGACCUGGAGAACGUACAAAGUCAAGGGCAAAGAUGAGGAUAUGAUUUUCAGAGGAAAUGUCGAUAACAACGCUCCCUCAGCCAACUCCUUCACCCCUCCCAUUGAAGCCCAGUACGUGCGCAUUUACCCCCAAGUCUGCAGGAGGCACUGUACCUUACGCAUGGAGCUGCUCGGCUGUGAGCUAACAGGCUGUUCUGAACCACUGGGAAUGAAGUCAGGCCACAUCCAGGACUACCAGGUCACAGCCUCCAGCAUCUUCAGGACGCUCAACAUGGACAUGUUCACUUGGGAGCCAGGGAAAGCCCGUUUGGACAAACAGGGCAAGGUCAAUGCUUGGACAGCUGGACACAGUGACCAAUCACAGUGGCUACAGGUGGACUUGCUUGUGCCAACCAAGGUCACAGGUAUCAUCACCCAGGGAGCAAAAGACUUUGGCCACGUCCAGUUUGUUGGCUCAUACAAAGUGGCUUACAGUAAUGAUGGAGAGCGGUGGAAUGUAUAUCAAGAUGAGAAACAGGGAAAGGACAAGGUUUUCCAAGGGAACUUUGACAACGACACGCACAGAAAGAACGUGAUAGACCCACCCAUCUAUGCCCGGCUCAUCAGGAUCCUUCCCUGGUCAUGGUAUGGCAGGAUCACUUUGCGCGCAGAAAUACUCGGAUGCACAGAAGAAGAGUGAAGCCCUUUCCUCCAUCUUUCUUGCCAUCGUCCCCCUGUCCCUUGGCGUACUGGAGUAUCUUACCCAGUAUUUCAAAAAUAAACUGUGCAACCUGUAAAAAGAAAAUCGAUUUCCAAUGGAUUUUUCAAGAAUAAGUGUUCGGUUGUGGUGGGUUGCUGUUUGUUCUUUUGUACAAUGAUUUAAAACCUGCCCCCCGCCCCAGUCCACUUUUUGUCUUUUAGUUUUCCUCUUUAAAGCGUGAUCUUUGUCUUUUUAUUCUUCAAGAUUUACCAUCCUGUUUGGAAUGAACUUCUGUAAUAUAUAUGGGAGGGGUGGGGUUAGGGGGUGGAGUCCAAAAAGGGGGGUCUCACUGUGGUUUUAACUUGUUGCCAUGGAAGCUAUUGUACAGUGUCACUUUUUAACAAAGAUGUGAAAUCUGUCUGCCGUGCUUCAUUGGACAUGAUUAACCAACUUCAUACCAUAACUAAAGUGUCUAAAAUACAACGUAGAGAUCACAUGUUAUCACAUUAUUGAAUAUAUUUUUACUUGGAUUACUACACUUCCUCAAGCCAUGCUUUUACCCUAAUGGACACUGGCAUUAUUACAUCAAUCAAAACACUAUUAAUGCUCUUGUAUUAUAUGUAAAAGACUAAGAAAUUGCAUGGUGCGUGAAUUAUAAAUGUAUACUAUGACAAAUCAUUUAAAACCUCUAGCCCUGAGAGCAAAUGGCUUUGAUUUAGGGACCUAUUUUUAUGUGCAUUUUUAAAUCGUUCUGAAACAUUAACACACACUGCAAAAGCUUACUGAAGAUGACUGAUAUGUGAGACAAUAAACAAGCACUGCAGUUAAAAGUGGUACUGCAGCACUGACACUGAGGCUUAGAGGCUGUCUCUAGUUGAAAUGUCUUAAUGCUCUCAUAAGGAAUUUCCAUUUUUUUAUUUUGUAUCUAUUUGAUUAUCGCUUCACCUUUUCUAAGAUAUUUGGAAUUACUGUUUGUGCUUUUUUUUAAUUUAUUUAGAUUUGUCAGCCUCAGCUGUCAGAUGCAUACAAAUGUAUGUUUAAUGUCUUAGUGUUGUCUUGGAGAUCUAAGUUGAAUCAAUUAAAAAGCUCAGGAUAGAUGUCAUUUAUAGUAUCCCACAAAUGUAUACUUUUUGGCCACCUAUUUAAAGAUUUCUGUGUAUUAUUUAAAGAAAAUGUCAAAUGAAUGAGAGCAGUUAUUUAAAUAAUAUCCACAUAUGCAUAAUUCAAAUACUGAAGGCAGAUUUUUAUUUUCUUGAAUCCCUUUGACGUGAUAAAUGAUAAUUAAUUUCUUUAUUUUCAAAAGAGAGCAGAUGUCGAAGAUUAAUAAUAUAUUAACGUGUCAUUAUCUCAAAUCUCCAAUGAUGAUGAACCAGUACAGUACAGAGCUGUAAAUUAAAUAUGAACGUCUUUUUUCUGGGGAUAAUAAUGGAUUAAAAUAAUAUAGUAAUGAAAUUUUAAAGAACUUUUGGGUAUUUUCACAUGACAUGACAGCAGCCCACUGCGUGUUCAAAUGGUUUCACGGUGGUAAAAAUAUUUAGCCACAAUAAGGUUACGGGGGAUAAAGAUGUCGUUAUGCUAAUCGCAUCCAAACAUUCAGUUAAUGCGGUUUUUCACUGUAUGGCUCCUGCUGUUGGCUGCAUCCUGCAGUAAAUGAACAGCGAUGCUUGGCUGGUUAAAAUAAAUAGAAGUAAACAAGUACCUGAGGUAUUGCAGCAGUGUCAAACCUUACAGCCCGCUUGACACAUCUUAAAAAAAGAGGCCUGGAUUACUCUGCUGGGUUUCACUCUUGACUAGUUUCCCCAAAGCUCUCAAGUGCUCCAAUAAGAGCUGAAAGGAGCCAUGUCCACUUUUAUGCUUCAUGCUUCACUUAUGACUUGUCAGCUUUCAGUCACUUAACUAACCAGUCAUUUCAUAUUGUAGGAUUACUUGUAGGAGUAUUCUUGUUCUGAGAUCACAGCACAGCUUGAAAGAGAAAGUAAGACAUUUACAGGAAAACCAUAUUUAGCUUUUUCAGGUUUGGUUGCCUGACCAGACUGGAAACAAAAGCGGGCCACUGUUAUUUUCAUCACUUUAUAUUUAAUGAAUAAAAAAUGUAUUGGAAUCAAACAUUUUUGGAAUUACUAACUGAUAAAAAGCACAGCAAGAAAACAUCAAGAAAUGUAUCACCAUCCAAAUAUUUUGGAGCUUACUUUGUUUUGUUGCAUUCCAGGGCAUUUUCAGCUGUCAUGCCAUGGACAUGGUUGUUGUUGUAGUUGACAAGUAACCGUAUGAUGUCUGAAAACAAAAGAAAAGUUUUGAUCGGUAUCUGGGUAACUGGAACUGAGUAUAGCCAAUUGUAUUCCGGUUUGGCAAAUUACUGUAUAAUAUACAGUAUAUGAUAUAGUAUACUAUAACAGCCCUGAUGUGUAUGAAGAUAGGGAUAUCCUGGAGAAGUGUACCUGUGUUAUUGCCAAACUCAGUCUGUACUUCAGUGUAAGUUACAGUGAAACACUUUGCUGUAGAUUACAAAUAUGUGAAAAUUGUCAUUGGUGUGAAUCAGUGAACUGUCAUUCCAUAUGUUCAUGGACACAGGAUAAACAUAAAUAGAUCAUUUCUCACGGAAUGUUUGUACUGAACAUUUUUUCAAUUGUUUCUUGCCAAAUAGCUUUAUCUUGGCCAGCAUCUGCUCCGAUUGAUCUUAGUGGUUUGCUUCCUGUGAGUGCUUAUCACAGUGCAGGCUGGCUACAAAGCUUUGAGGAAGUCUGCAUGAUGUAUGAGUUUGAACAGUACAGUAUAACAAAGAUGUCCACAGGCACAUUAUGUUCUUGCAUAUCAUAAAGAUCUAAUAGCCUUUACUUUGUACUCACCAUCGAUCUGUCUUGUGCGUUGUAAAACUUCAUCUCACGGGUUAAACAGGGGGUGCAAAGUGGGAACUCAUUCUGUCUUUGUAUUUCUGCGUCAGCUGUUCACAAAUUAUUUCUUACCUCCUUCGUCUGAGUGUCAAUCACUAUCUAGAAAACGUACCUAUUAUAAUGCUGGUUAGGUUGGAGCCUGCAGAGGAGAGUGAGAAACUGUGUAUAGUCAAAAAAGAUGUUGCUUCAAACAAAAGCUCUUUCAGUUUGACAAAUAAAAACAUAUCUGUGAAAAUGA